AUGGCCAAGAAGGCGAACAAGGGCAAGAAGGCCGGCGUGACGACCGCGCCGUCGUCGCCCGUCAAGAAGGCGGCGCCAAAGUGCUCGAGCUACCCGUCGACGCCCGUCUCGACGUCCAAGACGUCGGCCUCGUCGCCCUUGGCCUCGGACAUCCCCGACGAGGUGCACCCGGUCGACGACUUGAGCAUGGAGACUUUGGCGCCCAAGAUUGAACGCCGGCUCUCGGCACGCCCAGGCGCUGCGGACUUGGAUCAGCAGAAUAUCAUUCAUACGCUGAACAUGGCGCCGCAGAUCCAAGCGUCGGCCAAGCUGCUCGAGCGCAAUCUAAGUGCCAACUCGGUCAACCACUUACUCGAGAAACGUCGGUCGCUCCACGAGCUAGCGGAUCAAGGCCUUGUGACGAACAGCUCCAAGGUAGCGCCGACGCUUCAGGCCAAAAGCGACCAGCUCAAGCGGCAGCUCACGGCCGACAAGCUGCACAAGCAAAUCAACCGCCGGCCGUCCCAGAAAGAGCUCACGGAACAAGGCGUGCUGGACGACGGUCAAGUGGCCCCAAGCUUGCUUGCGACCGCCAAGAAGCUCGAGCGCGCAAUGAUCGAGAACCAAGUCGGUCACCUCCUCGAGACGCGUCCGGGCAUGCAGGACAUGUUGUCGCAAAACAUUUGCCCCGAGCCGCCGCAGGUCGCCAAUGCGAUCCAAGGCGUGAUGCACUCGCUGGAGCGCAACCUCAAGGCCGACCAGCUCUCGCGCAAGCUGCGCACGCGCCGGUCGCUCGACGACAUCUCGGCUGGACAAGCCACCAAGCCGUCGGCGCACGAGCAUGCUGUUCGCCGGGCGCGCUACACGCUCGCGCUCAAAGCCGCGUCCCGCAUCGCUGCGGACAAGCUCAUUUCGCCGACAGAGAAAGGGUGCUUGAAGGACUGCAUUCUCUCGGACGACCCGCGCGUCGUCAAGGCCAUGGCCGCGUACGAAGCCGACUUGGACGUCGAAGAGAUGCUCGACUCGCUGUACCGAAUUGCCAAAAACGUGGCACUCGUCUAA